AUGUUUGCUAAGUUGAAGAAAAAGAUUGCAGACGAGGCAGCCACGGCCCCGCGUAGCGGGGUUCGUUUACCUCGUACCUUCAGCAAAGAAUCCAUCACCUCAGUGGGGGCAGACUCAGGGGAUGACUUUGCAUCUGAUGGAAGCAGCUCCAGGGAUGACCUGCCUGCCCAGCUGCUCAGAAGGAACUAUCAGAUCCGUAAACUAGAGGCAAAGCUAUCAGACUAUGCUGAGCAGCUGCGAGUAAUGCAGAAGACCAAGGAGAAGCUUGAAAUUGCAUUAGAAAACCAUCAGGAUUGUACGUACCUCUCCUCUCGCUCCCCUCCUACCAAUUCCAUAAAAAAACUUCAAGAGCAGAAUGAGUUUCACCAGGCGAACAAAGCCAAAAUGGAAGAGGGGAUGACUCUAGCACUGGACAAAAAGGAUCAGGAAUGGAUGAGGAAACUGGCCGUUGUGGAAAAAGAAAAGGCUGCCUUAUCAGCAAGACUGGACGAAAUGAUGGAGCAAAGCUUGACACUAUUUCAGAAGAGGGAUGAUAUGGAUGAAUUUGAAGGUUUCCAGCAACAGGAACUUGCUAAAGUCAAACACAUGUUGCUGAGAAAGGAAGAACAGCUCGGCCGGCUUCAGUUGGACCUCCAGCAGCAAGAGACUGAACUCGAUUUAUCAAAGCAAAGACUCUCAGAAACAAAGGGGACACUUCAAGCUUUACAAAAGCAACACGCAGAGAGUUCCAGAUCCAACACUGAGCUGGAAAUAGAGCGAGAGCAACUACUGCUGCUUAGAGAAGAGGCAGACAAGAAAAUUGCAGAGUUAGAGGGACAAAAUCAGAAGCUAAAGUUGGUCAACCAGCAAGUCUCGGCAGACUUGCAGAAGUCACAGAGUAUGGUGUCCUCUUCUGAGUGCCUCUUCCAAGAUCUUCAGACUGAGUAUAAUGCCCUAAAGUUGAAACAACAAAAGGCUGCUGUUAAAGAGGAGGACAAGGAGCAUUUGUUGAGGGACCUUCAAACAAAAGUAAACUCCUUAGAGAGGCAAUUGCAAGGAAACCUGAGCCAGGAUGAUCAUCUACUUGAGCUUGUUCAAGAGAGAUCCAGUCUUGAGCAAAGACUGAGAGAGACAAGAGCAGAACUAACAGAACUUCGGACAAACCACACUGAAACAGUCAGCUCCUUGGAGGCACAGAUAUCCAAAAUGACAUGCAGCAUUGCAGAGCUGCAAACACUUCUCCGACAUAAAGAUGAAUCUUCAAAGUCCUACCGAGAGAGAACAGACACGCAAAUAGCAACCCUGGAGCAGCAAGUCCAAAGCAGUUGUGAUCGACUGAAGAGUGCAGAGCAGCAGCUUGAAGUGAAAAAACAGGAGACAGAAAAACUGCAUGGAGAGUGGAGUGCAGAGAAGGCUCGUUUGGAUCAGCAGUUGUCUUUAUUGAUGCAGGAGAGUAUGGAAAAGAAAAAAAGAAUGGAGGACACUAUCACUGCUUUACACACAGACAAAAGUACAAUGCAAGACACAAUGGCUGACCUAGAAAGGCAAAGAGAUCAGUUAAAUUCAACACUGAGACAGCAGAUGGAAGAGUUACAACAAUGCAAGGUGGAAUUAGAUGGCCAGCAGACAGUAAGCACUGAAAUCGCCAAAGCUCUAGAAGAAAGUAGGAGGCAGAGAGAGGAACUACAAAAACAGGUUGAACUGUCGACCGCAUCGCUAGAGAGAUCACAAAAGGAAUUGUCUACGGUCAGUGAGAAGCUGAUGUCGAGAGAAAAAGAAGUCCAAAGUCUUCGUGAUGAAGUACAGAGUCGCCAAGCUUCGCUGGUCCAGCUCCGUCAAGAAUUUGAGGAGCUGCGGGUACAACAGGAGCAGAUUGAGCUGGACAAAGACUCCCAGCUAGCUCACUUGAGAGAAGAGCUACUCGACCAGACCCAACAACAAGACACUUGUCAGGCUCGGAUCUCAUAUUUAGAGGUGGAGGUAGAGACUCUGACUGAGCAGCUUCACAGCCCUUCUGUGUGCAAGGAGGACCACAAUGGCAGCGUGAAUGUGGAUGAUCUCGAUCACAUUCAGAAGGUUAACAAAGACCUCGAGCAGCAGCUCGGUGACAAGAACAGGACUAUCAAACAACUGCAGCAACGAAUGGCAGAACUAAAAAGGACAUUGCAGAAAGAACUGAAGUUGAAGCCUGAGCCAGAAGAGGAAACGAAGGAAAAGAUAACAGAAAGUUUAGUGGUAAAACAAGAAACCGUAUGUGCAGAACCCCCGGCCGUGUCUAGUCCAAGCCUUUCCACUGCAAGCACCACAGUGACCAACACCUCAAACCUUAACGACUCAAGAGAAAUCAACUUUGAAUACUUGAAACAUGUAGUUCUCAAAUUCAUGUCAUCUGGAGACGCUGAGGCAUAUCAGCUAAUACGAGCUGUGUCGGUGUUGCUGAGCUUCACUCGUGAAGAGGAGGACAUGUUAAAAGAAACCCUUGAGUAUAAAAUGUCCUGGUUUGGAUCCAAGCCUUCUCCAAAGGGAAUUAUCCGGCCCUCAGUCUCAGGCUCUUCUACCCGGAGGUGA